UUACCGCGUUUGCGGGCAGUGCCACAACGUCAUGCGCGCCGGCAAUAGCCGCACAGAUAAACAAAAAUGUUAUUCAUUGUUAACUUUUAUAAAGAAAGUUUGUCUAAUGAUAAAUUUCCUCACGCAAUCAAUUAAUUUCAGUUAAUUCGGGUGGUUCGUUAAGAUAGCAAGAUGUGUUUUUUGAACGUGCUUAGGUUACAUGUGUCGCAGAGCCAGCGCCAGAAAAGAUUAUACAAACAGUAUAUGGAGCAGUUGGCCGGCGCGUAUGUGGAAAAAUGUACGGACCUGUCGAUGCCCUGGGAUUACAACUGCAGGGUUGCGAGUCCAGAGUGUUAUCCGUGCGAUGAAUGGUGUGGUAGUGAAUGCUCCAGAACGUAUGUUGAAUCGGAUAGUGGCAGAUAUUCCUCUCCGUGCUGUUCGGAAGUGAUCUUCAAUGGUGGACAGCAUUACAGUGGGAAGGGACAAGGCCAUGCAUGUAGAAAAUUCGCGAUUUGCUAUCCUGGUAAUUUUGGGAGCGGAAGACUAGCUGUCGAAGGUUGGUGGUGCGGGAGGGCGAUGCCUGGCGGCAGAGCCAACAAUGGAGCCCUGGCGCUCCACUACGCCGCCGCUAGGGGCUGCCUUGAUUGCGUGCGCUUGCUGGCGAAUACUACACCUGAUGUGUCUGCGAACACGGCUAUGGACAAUGACGUCACUCCUGUGUACCUAGCGGCGCAGGAGGGUCACCUGGCAGUGCUCAAGUAUUUAGUGUUGGAAGCAGGAGGAAGAUUAGAUGCGCGUGCUCGUGAUGGGAUGUUACCAAUACACGCGGCGGCGCAGACUGGAUGUCUGGACUGUGUCAAAUGGAUGAUCGUAGAACGCGGGGUAGACCCAAACGCCAGAGAUGGAGAUGGCGCCACUCCUCUUCACUUUGCAGCCUCGCGGGGCCACUUGUCAACAGUCCGCUGGCUGCUAAGACAUGGGGCAAGACUACACUUGGACAGACAUGGAAAAAGUCCCAUUAACGAUGCUGCUGAAAAUCAUCAUUUAGAGUGUUUAAACGUUCUCGUGGCGGCGGGUGCAGCGGGCGACAACAAGCAAUUGUCGUCAUACAAGGCAGUGCACUCCUGCGCAUGUACUCCCGGAGAAACAAGAUGUGCCCUCUCAAGCUGCAUCAACGCGAGCAACCGGUCUCCAUUCUACCUACACGGACCAGAGCGAUGUGCAUCAACCCGUGAGCGUCGAGGGUCUGUCUCAUCAACCGUGGGGUCUAUCGGCUCGUCCAGAUCUGGGCCAGCCGAUGGUUUAUACGUCAACCCAAUGCAGAGAACAGCGCCAGUGGCACAGCACAGCUCCUCGGGAGAGGAAAGCUCAGGAUGUUCCGCAUCAGAAGCAGACACAACAAACUCCGGUGGUUGGUUUUUGCACGGGUCCACCAACACGUCUGGAGCCCCUGCAGCGUUGUACCAACGAGUCAGGGACCUGUUCCACACUCGUUCUCCAGGACCGAGGGUCCCUGCUGAAGGUCAGGAGGCUCCCACUAUGACAGUGAAAGCGGAGGUGCAUGGGACCAAGGAGGUGGCUCAGGAACAAUCGGACAGUGACAGUGGAGCUGAUGCGAACCGAAGAGAUCACCAUUAUGAAGAUAUCUAUUUAGCGAGGGAUGAACAUCUUAGGAAGAGAAGCAGUUCUCGAGACUCGGGCAGUCACAGCCGACCGGGCAGCGCGGCGUUAGUCGUUGACUAUGACAACAAAGAUAAUGCCACUGAUGCAUCGAACAAGAACUACGAAGAAGUCUCGCCACCACCAUUGGAGACACAGACCAAGUCUACUAUUGCCACCAAGUUAGCAGCACUAACACACAAAGCACACACCUUUGCAAGUCGUAUAUCAUCAGCAGCAGGAAGCCGUCGCGCAUCAGUAUCUGAUGAUACAGUCGUGGUGCAAGCCUCUGCAUCAUCGGGUGUUUCAUCUGGGGGCAGUUCUGGGGAUGAAGCUCCACCACCUCCUCCGCCGCCGCCGCCACCUGUUGUUCUGGAGGAACCAGCGCUGAAGCCGUCUGAGUUGAGGAGCAGGCUUGGGGGGCGUCGCGACUCGACGUGCGCAGACGACGACCGACCGCGUUGCCCGAACCUCGUGAACAAGCAGCCGGUUCUGCCGUUCGUGCCUCCCGCGUUCCCUAACAACGCGCCCGACAGACUUAUCAAACCCUCGGAGUAUUUGAAGACAAUCACGGCGCCCUGCAAGAGGGACGAAGGCGCGGCGGAGGAGCGGCCUCCCCCGCCGCCGCCCGCGCCCCAGCCUAUCCCGCCGCCACCCCCACAGCCACCCUUAAAUAUCCAGCCCUUGGCGGCAAUCAGCAGCGCUGAACUUUCAGCGGUCAGGCUCAAGACAACAGUGACCAAGACGGUAUCGGCACCUCCGACUCGGUCGUUGAGCCUGCAAUGCUUGCCUAGCGCUGCGGAAAUAUACAAAAACGCAAAAACUGACCUGAUAGAAGAAUUGAAGAUGUCCAAGGAUAUAACGGGGAUUAAGAAGAUGAAGGUGGAACGAGCGAGACGCGAGAGCCUGCAGGACAAGGAGACAUUUACGGAGUUUACAAAACGAUUCACAGUGGAUAAUUUUGUUGAUCAGGGUAAUUCACAGAUCCCUGAGCGUGAUGCUGCUGGCAACGUUAUCCCGGUUUGGAAGCGGCAGAUGCUGGCUAGAAGAGCUGCGGAGAAGGCAAGGCGAGAUCUGGAGAGAGAGUUGGCGGGUGAAGCGGAGAGGAGGAGGGCUGCGGCCGUGCCUGCUUGGAAAAGGCAGCUACUGGCACGGAGAGAAGAGGCCGAGUGUAGAUUAAGACAAUCAUUAUACACUCCAAAAGUGGAAGACAACGGUAACGGAGACUGGCGUCCAUAUCCAGCCGGAGGUCGCGCUGUAUCCAUAGACAACAUCACGCUUUGUUAUGAUGCUCCUGCGCAGCCCACCCGCGCGCCAUCUGAACUGAAACUUUCAACAGAACAUUGCAAUGGGCACACAAAUGGUAAACCAGAACGCGAAGAAGAGUCAGCGAAAAUUAUACCCUGGAGAGCGCAGCUCCGCAAAACGAACAGCAAACUUAAUUUACUCGAAUAGUUGAGAAAUUUAUGAAAUAAUAAACUUGAAGAUUAAUUUAUAAAAAGAAUUGUAUACAAGUAAUACUGUUUAGUUUUAAGGCAUUGAACGAAAAUUUUACUCGUAGAUUAUUAUUAUUUAUUAAGUGUGUUAAAAGUGUUUUCGUAAGCCAUACGAAUAUUAUCUUUUUGUACUACUUUUUCCUAUUUUUAUACCUUAGCUAAUCUAAGGCAUAGAAAUGUCAAAAAUUUCCAAAGGUGGAUUCGGGCAGUUAUAGUAUUUCCGAUUGUCAACGAUUUUAUUUGUCAAUUUGCCGAAAGGGAAGAGAUCUUCAUAAUCAUUUUCUAAUUAACUUGAGACUACAGAAUAACUUAACCAACCUUUUUAAAAUUUAAAAGGCUUUAACGAAUUACACGAAGUUACUCUGUACGAGACCGCCUCUAAUCUCCAAUUAGAGUUAGCAAAAAAUAAAUGUAUGAUAUUUUUAUACUUGUGUAUUACGAAUAAAUAAUAAGUUCUAACAAGCAAGUGAUACCAUUGUUGCAAUAUUAGUACGUAAGCUUUAACAGGCUUUGCAAACAGA